AUGGCCGAUUGCUCAGAUCUCGCGUUUAAAUCUUUCUGCGAUCUCGCGAAUUUUGUGAAACAUACGGAAAAAGUCGAGUUUGUAGUUGCGAUUCUUGCUCUUCUAAUGAAUAUUCCCCAUUUAUUUAUUCUAACGAGAACAUCUAUGAGAACCCAUAGCACUAAUUCCCUAAUGAUUGGAAUAUCGAUCGCUGAUCUAAUCAGCUUAUUCAUGAUGAUUAACAAUAGAGCUCAGUUGUAUUGGCUCUCACCGAAUACUUGUUUCAAUAGUUAUACUUAUCCACUGAAUGUUGCUCGGUUCGUUCAGGACGUUUCCUGGGAGAGUAUGAUGAGGGUUUCGUUUUAUUUGGGACUUUGUUUAGCACUAAUCCGAUGCAUAAUCAUGAAGAUGUCUGGAAAUGCACCGGAUAUCCUUUCAACUACGCGAAAUGGGUACUUCCUCACACUUUUCUUCAUUUUCGUCAAUACUUUGAUCUCUUGUUUCUACUAUUACGGGUUCAGAGUUAUCAAAUAUAAGGAGCCCUGGACUCCUGGAGUAAACUGCACCGGAUUUCCAGCAAAGUACCGUGAACCCUAUUUUUACCGCGCACCGAAAAAAAAUCAACUGUUCACCAGCGAAAGAUAUGAAAUUUUUACAGGCUGCUCUGAUAUCCUCAUUGCAGCACUUUACCCAAUUUUCGGUUUACUCUUGAUGCUCGAAGUGUUGAAAUCCGCGAAAGUCGCCGCGACUAUGCUGAGCAAGAAAGAUGCGGUGGAAAGAUAUCACACAAGCCGAAUGAUACUCGUCAUGACAAUCUUCUACAUUUUCGCCAGUUUUCCCACUGGCGCCUAUAAAAUUGUCAAUUUCUUCUUCUACGAGAGCUGGAGGAAGGACGGUUACUUCUAUGUGGUGUUUACAUACACCGGCAAAAUAUUCACAUCUCUGUUUUGUGGCAAUGCACUGUCCCAUUGCUUGAUCAAUCUCUCAAUGUCAAGGAAUUAUCGGAAUGCUGUAAUGGAGCUGGGGUGUUGUCCUAAGAGGAAAGCGGAAGUAACGAUGGACUCGAAAAGUGUGAAUUCAUGAGAAUGCUUGUGUUAUAUAAUGAAAUGUGAACUUUAUAUUUUCAAUUUCUCAUUUUAUAACACAGUAGCUGUCAAUUUAAGUCGUCUUGGCUCUAGCAAUUUUGAGUUCAUGA